AUGGUAAUAACAUUUGAAAUAAUGGAAAGGUAUAAAAAAUCAAAAAUAUUAAAUUCGUUUAUUAAUUUGAUCGAAUUAGGAAUUGGCAACAGCGUAGGAGUUGGAAUUUACGUAUUAUUAGGUUACGUGACAAAAGAAAUAGUUGGCCCCCCUGCAUUUAUAUCAAUUUUUCUAUCGGGUUUCGCGGCAAUUUUAACAGGUUUAUGUUUGUCUGAAUUUCAAGUUAAAUUUUUUAAAGCGGAUUCAUCGUAUUUUUAUUCUUAUUGCAAUCAUGGUGAAAAUAUAUCAUUCGUCUAUGGUUGGGCACUCAUUUUACAAUAUUUAGCAGGUUCAGCAAGUGUUGCAAAAGGAAUAUUUACCUUCAUCGACGCAAUACUCAAUAAUCAUUUUUCAGGAUUUUUGAAAGGAAUAGUACCCAUGAAUCCUAAUUAUGGUUCUCUUUACAUCGAUUUGUUUUCUCCUAUUUUUAUCAUAAUAAUAACCAUAUUGAUGUCUUGCGGAUGGAAGGAUUAUGGAAUUGUACGAAGAAUUUUUACCAUUUGUAAUUUGUUACUAUUGGUAACGGUCAUAAUCAAUGGAACGACAAAAGCAAAUUUGAAAAAUUGGUACCUGUAUGAAGAUAAUUUCAACAUAAAACUACUUAUUGAUAAAAAUUUUAUUCCUUAUGGUUUGUUGGGAAUUCUUAAGGGAGCUGCUUUGAGCUACUAUGGAUUUGUAGGUUUUGAAAUGAUUGGUAACACAGGUAAAGAAAUAAAAACUCCUCAAAAAUCCAUACCCUUAGGAAUUCAAGGCACAAUUUUGGUCACAUUAAUUAUUUUUGCAAGUUCAUCAAUCGUUCUUACAUUAACUUCACCCUAUUACGAAAAUAAUGUCGGUGCUGCGUUGCCAUUUGCUUUUGAAAAAAUGAAAUGGAUAAUUGCCGUUGGAAGUGGUUUUGGAUUUUACACCAGUCUUAUAGGAGUGACUUUUAAACUUCCCAAAAUAAUUAGAUCAAUGGCCAACGACGAAUUACUUUUCCGGUUUUUGGCACGUAAAUAUUUCAAAAGAGAAAUUCCAAUACCAGCAAUUUUAUUCGGAGGAUUGUUGACGAUUUUGGCUGGUGGAUUUUUUACUUUUCACAUUCUAGUGUCAUUAACGGUUUUCACCGCCCUCUUUAUUUCCCUAAUCAUCGCAUUCGACGUCAUAUUACUAAGGUACGUAAAAAAAGACAAUUGGGAUAUAGCAAGGGAUGACAAGAAAAGAAAAAGGGUUGAAAAUUUUGAAAUUAAAAUAACAUUAAAAACUCUAUUGAAAAAUUUUUUUUAUUAUAAUUCUCACAAUCCGACAAAACUCACCGAAAGAAUAGUCGUUAUUAAUUUAAUUAUAUUGUGUGGUUCGUCGAUUGGUUUUUCUAUAUUUUUUGGUCUGUUUAGUAAUUUUUUAAUAAAAGGAAAAAUGGAUGUGUUAAUACCAUUUGCAAUAUUUUUAUUUUUAAUACUUAUUACAAUUGCAUCAAUAAGUUUCCAACCGAAAUAUCUAGAACAAAUUCCAUUUAAGGUUCCUUUAAUACCUUUGAUACCUUGUUUAACAAUUGUAAUAAAUAUUUUAUUUAUGGUUUUAUUAGAUUCAUUACCAAAAAUUUUUUUUGUAAUUUGGAUGGCGAUAGGGAUUUUACCUCAUUUCCUGUGGUACAGGUAUAAAAAUCGAAGGAAAGAUGUUGGGAAAAAUUCAGUUUAUCAAAUAAAUAGAUCGAAUGCAUUAAAAUUAAGCGAAUCCAUAUGGAAAAUCAAAACGGAAAAGAAAGCAUUUUACGAAGGUGCCGUUAAUCCCGUUUUUGAAAAUGACCAUGUUAAUCAGAAUAAUAAUGAUGACGGGGAAGAAGAAGAAGAAAAUAAAAAAAAAAAUAAAACAAUGGUUAAUGAUGAGUUUCAAACGGCUUCAACGAAGAUUUCAGAAAAAAAAACAUCAAAAAAGGAAAAAUCGAAGAAAGAAAUUCAACAACACUCGCCGGUAAAAGAUGAAACCGUUCAAUGGGAAUGCGUGGCAGAAAUUCAUACGGAAGAAGAAGAAGAAGAAAAAGAAUUCCCACAGGAUAAUUACGAAUUACAAGUCGUUGAUAUCACGUAUAAUUUUUUAACAUGUAUUAUUGACGAGGGUUCUUUAAAAACAAAUAAUAAUAAUAAUUUAACCGAUGAAGAUGCUAAUUUUGUUUCGUCAGAGGAAAAUAAUAAAAAAGAUGGAAAACCGGAAGAAGUCAUAUUGGAUGAUGAUAAAAAUGAUGACAAAUUAACGGAAAUGAAAGAAGGAGAAGAAAAUAAUAAUAAUUUUUAUAAAAGAAAUAAAAACGAAAGAGAUGCUGUUAAUUCGAAUUUAAUUAAAAUAAUAGAAUCUAAAAUAUGUAAAGAUAAAUCGAAAUUAUAUGAUGAAGACGAAGUCGUUUUAAGGAAAUCAAAUAAAGGUGGCGGUGGUAAUGGCGGUGGUGAUGAUGAUAUUAAUAACAAUUCAAUACUCGAUAAAUCUAAUGAGAAUAAUAAUGAUGAAAACGAAGAUGUUGUUAAAAAUUUUAAAGAAAAAUUAAACAGAUUAUUGAAAAGUCACAUAAGCAUGAAUGAUACUCUAAAAGAAGCCAUUUUAAGAUACAGAGCGGAUGAAGAAAUGGAUUGGUUGGAAAAUGUCGUUGAAACCACGUCGUCACAGUACAACAUAAAAACAUUAAAUAAAUCCCAAAUAAAAAAUAAAUUAGAAUUUUUACUGUCGAAAGGACCCCCGAAAAGAGCUUCACUUAGAAAUUCAUUUAAUAUUAACGUAAAAGAAAAAAAUGAUGACAUCUUGUUUUUCAUAUUAGAAAAAAUCGAAACAUCAGAGAAUUCAAGCAUAAUUAGCAAAGGUUUUCAAUUAUUUUGGAAAGGAAAAGUAGACAAAUUAUUACCUUGGAAAUUAACAUAA